AUGGUUUCGUUAUUUCGUUCGGAAGAGAUGACGCUCGCUCAGCUCUUUUUACAGUCCGAUUCUGCUUAUGCUUGUGUUCGAGAAUUGGGAGAAUUGGGCAAGGUGCUAUUUCGUGAUCUGAAUCCUGAUGUUAAUGCUUUUCAAAGAAAAUUUGUCUCGGAAGUAAGACGAUGUGAUGAGCUGGAACGAAAACUUCGUUUUCUUAAAGCUGAAAUGGAAAAGGAAUCCAUUCCCAUUAAAACGGUGGAGACUGACUACACUGCUCCAUUGCCAAGAGAAAUGAUCGAUUUAGAGGCUAGAUUGGAUCAUUUUGAGACUGAUAUUAGGGAAAUCAAUAAGCAUCAGAUGGCUUUGAAAAAAAAUCUACUUGAUUUGAUCGAGUUUAGAGCUAUUUUGUCAAAAGCAAGCCAUUUCUUCAUCGAGGCAGAAGAUGCUGUAUUUCAUCAAGCACAAGAAGUAGUACCCGAUGAAGGAAGCAAAUCUCUUUUAAUUGAAGAUGGAAUGCCAGAAAAAUCGAUUCAGUCAUCACGACCAAUGAGCUUCUUAUCUGGUGUAAUUAACCGAGAUCAUCUCGCCGCGUUUGAACGAGUUAUUUGGCGGACUUCUCGUGGUAACGCUUUCUUUCGCCAUGUAGAAAUCGAGACACCGUUAGAAGAUCCCAAAACGGGUGAUAUGAUUAGCAAGUGUGCUUUCAUGAUAUUUCUACAAGGCAAUCACUUAAGAUCACGUAUGAUGAAAAUCUGUGAAGGAUUUUCCGCAACGGUUUAUCCGUGUUCUGAUAAUGCUGAGGUAAGACGCGAUGCCUACGCGCAAGUAGAAACUAGAAUACAAGAUCUAAAAUCGGUUAUAAAUGAGACGGAGGAUCAUCGCUAUCGCGUCUUAAAUGGAACGUCAAAUGAUCUUGUCAUGUGGAUGAUUCAGACGAAAAAGAUGAAAGCAAUUUACCACACCUUAAAUAUGUUCAACGUUGAUAUUACCCAAAAAUGUUUAAUUGCUGAGUGUUGGUGCCCUGUACAAGAACUGGAUAAUAUUCAGUGUGCGUUGAAACGCGGAACUGACUUGAGUGGAUCGUCAGUACCUUCAAUAUUAAAUCGUAUGAUAACGAAACUUGAACCCCCUACGUAUUACCAAUUAAAUAAGUUCACAUCUGCUUUCCAAAAUAUUGUUGAUGCUUACGGUGUAGCAACCUAUAGAGAAGCUAAUCCAGAUAGUUUUAUUUUAGCUUUAUUUACCGUCAUUACAUUUCCAUUCCUAUUUGCGGUGAUGUUUGGCGAUUCUGGCCACGGAUUGUUAAUGUUUUUAUUCGGAUUAUGGUUGGUACUCAACGAAAAGAAAUUCACUCGGCAAAAGAAUAUGGGAGAGAUUUUUAAUACCAUCUUUGGUGGAAGAUACGUUGUACUGUUGAUGGGUAUAUUUGCAGUCUAUACCGGACUUAUAUACAAUGACUGUUUCUCGCUUUCGUUCAAUAUUUUUGGUACCAGUUGGACUUUUCCAAAUAUUAGUGAGGGUUUUCUCCAUGAUCAUCCUACUUAUCAACUGGAUCCGAAUGUUUCGUUUCCUGGUGGUCCUUAUGUAUUUGGAAUAGAUCCAAUUUGGCAGACUGCAAUCAAUAAGCUUACAUUCUUAAAUUCUUAUAAAAUGAAGUUAUCAGUCAUAUUUGGUGUAUUCCAGAUGCUUUUUGGUGUGAUUUUAAGUCUUUAUAACAGCUUGUAUUUCAAGAAAUAUAGCAACAUAUUUUGUGAAUUUAUUCCUCAAGUAUUAUUUUUGAAUGCUCUUUUCGGAUAUCUUGUUGCACUAAUUUUUUAUAAAUGGAUAGUUGUUGACGUACGAACAGAACCGCAACCUAGGUUAUUGAUUCUGAUGAUCAACAUGUUUAUAAAAUUCGCGCAAAAGCUUCAACCCAGUGAGAUUUUAUAUCAUGGACAGGAAACUGUUAAUUUAGUUUUAGUUGUGGUAGCAGUUCUUUGUGUACCGUGGAUGCUUCUCAUAAAGCCAUUUUAUUUAAGAUGGAAACAUAAGAGAAAAUUGCGUAGCUACAGGCCGAAAACGAGGAAAGGCGGUAAUGUUUACGUACAACUAUCUGAUGACGAUGGCAUGAAUGAUGAGUAUACCACUUAUCACAAUGAUGAAAGUCAACUAUCUGAGAAUUCAUAUGACGAAGAGGAAGAGUUUGACUUUGGCAACAUUAUGGUCCUACAAGCAAUUCAUACAAUCGAAUUUUGCUUGGGAUGUAUCUCUAACACGGCGUCGUACCUACGAUUGUGGGCAUUGAGUUUAGCACAUGCAGAGUUGUCCGAAGUACUUUGGAAUAUGGUCCUUCACAUUGGUUUAUCUUUCAAGGGUUAUGUUGGUUCUCUGUUGAUUUUUGCUACUUUCUGUGGUUGGGCUGGCUUAACUAUCGCAAUUUUGCUCGUAAUGGAGGGAUUAUCAGCUUUCUUACACGCUUUGCGACUUCACUGGGUCGAGUUUCAGAACAAAUUUUAUUCUGGUGAAGGGUAUCUUUUCGACCCUUUCUCUUUCGAAAAAAUGCUUAAAGAGGAUGAAGAUUUAGAAGAUAUACUAUAA